AUGUGUAUGUUUUCAGGCGAGGUGAUUAGUGAAAAGGACCGCUGCAGGGAGUGUGAGGGGCGUAAGGUGGUGAAGGAGGUGAAGAUGUUGGAGGUGCACGUGGACAAGGGCAUGAAGCACGGCCAGAAGAUCACCUUCAGUGGAGAGGCCGACCAGGCCCCCAACACCGAGCCUGGAGACAUAGUGCUGAUACUACAGGAGACGGACCACGAGGACUUCCGUCGUGACGGUAACGACCUGUACGUGACCCGCCGCAUCGGGCUGGUGGAGGCCCUGUGUGGCUUCCAGCUCAAGCUGGUGCACCUGGACUCCCGGCAGAUACUGGUCAAGCACCCCGCCGGCAACGUCAUCGAGCCAGGUUGUGUGAAGGUGGUGAAGGGAGAGGGGAUGCCUCACUACAGAAAUCCAUUUGAGAAGGGAGAUCUGUUUAUUAAAUUCGAUGUGCAGUUCCCAGAGAAUGGCUGGAUCAGUCCCGAGAAGCUUAUGGAGUUGGAGGACCUCCUCCCUGAGCGUGAGAAGGAUGAGAACAUCACGGCGGACGCUGAGGAGGCGGAGCUGGAGGACUACGACCCGGGACAAGGUUCAUGUGGCGGCCACAGACGCGAAGCCUACAACGACAGCUCUGAUGAGGAGGGAGGGCCUCACGGCCCCGGGGUGCAAUGUGCCCACCAGUAACACCCCCCCAAUGCCACACACACACACACACUCUCACACACACACACACACACACACACACACACACACACACACUCUCACACACACACACACACACACACACACACACACACACACAGGCAAAACAUAAAGGCAUAACUAUCACACACACACAUGCAAAUUAAAACAUAUACUGACAUAUACACUGACACUGAACCUUCCCAUGAAAAAAAACAGAAAAGAAGAAAAAAAACAGAUAUGUAUUAACAAACUUGCAUUUGAACAUCCAUGUUUAUUCUCUCUGGAAGAAAAAAAAGUUACAUCCAAACACAAACACAGAUAUACACAUGUACACAUGUGGGGAUAUGUGUUGACUCUGAAACAUAUGUACAUACUCCUGAAUAUUUACAGUUGGAAAAAAAAGUACUGGAAGUAUGAAGUGACCCAAGCCCCUCAUACGCACACAAGACUUGAGCUGGUUCCUUGGUCCAUAUGGUAUGCACCUCUAGUUUCACAUGUUAAAACUGGGCCAACUUCAGGAGAGCACCUAACCAUUCAAAAUAACGUGUUCAAAUUUCAGAAAACCAACAAAAAAAGAAUGUCUGUGAUGUUUUUUUUCCUUUACUUUUUUGUUAUGUUUUAAUUUUUUUAUGUAACUCAACACACAACCACACCAUCAUCAUUUCAUUUGUAACAGAGCUGU